UAUCUCGUGGGGGAGGGAAUGGGCUAUGUUACACUUUAGUGAAUGGAAUAAGUUUCCUCCCCCCCCCCGUUUUUCCCCUGAUUUUUCAAAAUCCAAAUUGGAUGGUGUUUUUAAAGAGAGCGCGCGAGAGAGACCAACCGCGCAGCAUUUCAGGUCCCUGCCUUUGACGCGCAUCACAGCCCAACAUUAAAACAACAUGAAACAAGUGUUGAGUGCAUCUUCGAUGUUAGAGAUGAUUGGCAAAGAUGGUUAUAGCCUGGCUGGGGCUGUCGUUUCGGGAUUACUAUGACGUCACUUUGAUACUCUUCCAUGGAUGAAUGCUAAAGAACUAUAGAGCAGAAAAUAAUACAACAAGCAGGCUCCAUAUCUUGCAAGCCUUACGUGAUCCCCUCCUUUCUUUUAAACUCCCCUUUUCAGUUCAAGCCUCCAUACAUUGGGGUGAUUUUUAUAUAUAAACAUAUAUAUUCCUAAGAAGGAUGGGAGGUGGGGGGGAAGCCUUCUUUCAGGCUCCAUGCCUCAGAUGCCUGGCUGCUUUUCUUAAGUGAAAUCAUCUAUAAUUGAGGGAGGGGGGGAAGCCAUACGUGGAAAUGUGUAUGGGAGAAGGUACAUCUUGAAGCAGGGGGGUUUAGUUACAAUCGAUCUGGGGGGGGGAGGAAUAUUGCUUAUGGUUCAAAAAUAAGGAGCAGCUAUGUCCUUCUCUCAGUUUGGAUAUCCCUACAGCACCACUUCGCAGUUUUUUGUGUCUGCCAGCCCCAGUACGACUUGUUGUGAAACUGCCUCCAGAGCCGUGUCGGAUGUUUCCUCUGGAUCUGCCCAAGCGGCUACUAUUUGCUGUCCCUCUUACGAAAACAGGCUGCUGGCCAGCACCCGGACGGAACUCAAUGCAGCUCUGGGGAUGUACAGCUCUCCCUAUUCAGCAGCCGCAGCGAGCCAGGGUUAUGCCAACUACCUUCCUUACGGCACAGACCCAUCAACUCUUUACACCACACUGAACUCUCAGUAUGAAAUUAAGGAUGGCACCAGCAGUUUGCACUCGGGAUUCGCACAGCCUGCUGCUUUCUACCCCUACGAUCAUUCCUUAGGGCAGUACCAGUACGACAGGUAUGGGACAGUGGAUUUCAGUGGCUCAGCCAGGCGCAAAAAUGCAACUCGCGAGACAACCAGCACCCUUAAGACCUGGCUGUACGAACACAGAAAAAACCCUUAUCCCACCAAAGGGGAGAAAAUCAUGCUGGCCAUCAUCACCAAAAUGACUCUGACUCAAGUGUCCACUUGGUUUGCGAACGCCAGACGGAGGCUCAAGAAGGAAAACAAAAUGACCUGGUCUCCCAAGAACAAAGCAGGAGAAGAGAGAAAAGAUGAAAACAAGGGGGAGGAAGAGGAAUAUGGCACCGAAAAUGAAGGCAAAGCAGGUCCAAAAAGCUUCAAGGAAGAAAAGGAAUUGAGACUGAGCGACCUGGACGAUUUAGACGAGGAGGAAGAAGACAAGCUAGAGAACGACCGAACGAGUGCACACCUGGCGGCUUCCAGUGCCAGCUCUGCUUUGGCGGAGUCUGAGAAAAGGGACUGCAGCGUGACCCCACCCAGCAAUUUUCACCCUCUCCCCUGUAACAAAGCCAUGCCGGUGGCAGGAGGAGACUUUUUAGAGACCGUGGGGCAAAAGGCAGCCAGUGGGGCGGGCACCGUUAGCCAAGGGCAGCAAUACGAACCCACAGACAAGCCCAGAAUCUGGUCGUUAGCUCACACCGCAGGGGCCAAUGUUAUAGUUGGCCCCACACACUCCGAACCAAGGACAGCGAGCCCUGGCUGUUUGCUCGGCCGGGGAAGGCGCUCUGUGUCUGGACACUGCCCCGAGGCCAGACCCCUGGCCAGUCUCAGAGCCCCGCCCAUUGCGGACGGUGCGUUCGAAGAACUGCCCCAGGCCACCAAGAUUUUUAGAAACUCCACCUUCAACCUGCAGUCUAUCCAACUAAGCUGUGCUUCCUAUCCCGUCCUGGGGGAGACGUGCCAGUAUUCUUCAGGAGCUGAAGGGAAAUUUCUCCCAGGACCAACAACUAUUCUACAGGUUAGCCCAGCACCUUUGUGAGAAUCCCGAAGAUGGGUCUGAUCAUCAAGGCUCUUGGCUUGAAAAAUCCUCCGCCAACAGUGAGGAGCCGUGCUCCUUGAAAGCAUUAAAUAUGACUCUAGCGUCCCUUCUUUUAUGGAGGAGCGGUCAUAACAUAUGCACAACUUGUUUUUCAAAAAUGGAUGAGACUAAAAACCCCGCUCGGAAAGAAAGCGGGGGAGCGUGAAUAAAUUAUAGACUUUGUCUCAUGCACUGGAUCAUUGUAGUUUCGCACAAGUUUACAAGACAAUACUCCAUCCCCGCCCCGCCACCGCUAUCACUCCGAGUUUGAACAGAUCCGCCUCAAGAACCAUCGUGUUCAAUGUACAACUUUGUAAUUUGUAAAAUACCAGUGAUUAGCGUGUUUACCAAAAGGCCAGUCUUAAUUUUAUCCCACCUUGUCCUUUUAAAAAAAAAACUACAGUACUUUCAUUCCUCCCCUCUCCCCCUUUCUUUGGUAAAGUAUGUUUGUAAAUCAUAUUGUCUGUGUGGUUCUGAAGAGACAAAAGAGAGGGGUAUUGUUUAAGGACAUUCGACGGGCUGUUUAGUUUCUGUCAUUGUAUAAAGAUCUCGCUGAACGUAUUUUUAAGAGUCUCUAAUUAAAACGAAUCAGCUGAAUGCUGUAAAGCCGU